AUGGCGCACGACAUUGCUACACGCAUCAAGUCCAAACUCCUCCGACGUCGACACUCUUCGUCAGCAGCCCCGUCCUUGAUCUCGAGCAGUCGAAGCAUCGCGUCGUCCACCGACAACCACAGCCUGCUCACACCCCAGAAGCCGGCGGCGGUCCAGGCGUCGCGCGAGGCCUCGACAGCGUCCGCCGCCAGUCGCACGCAACCUAGCGCGAGCGAGCGUAGUAGCUUUCUCGUGACGAACAAGAGCGACAACUCGAACAAAUGCAGCUCUAACAGCUCGAAUGCGGACGAGGACAAGGACGAGGACAGGGACGAGGAUGGCGAAGGCGAUGGCCUAGACGCCAAGCACCUGCACAAUACCGUGGGCACUAGUGAACCCAAUGCUGGCGACCCGCAGCCGGCGGCAACACAACCACAAGCGUCACAUGAACCGCUUUCGCCAUCGCCAUCACAAUCACAGUCACCGUCACAAUUCCAACCAUCUCUCCCACUGCCGCUCCCAUCACCACGUCCGCCUCAGUCGUCGGCGGGCCGUCUGCAGCGCAUUGAAGAGGGUACCAGUCCGACCUCUCCCACCAGCGACCGUGCACACCAGGAGCUCGCCACUGCCGCCGCAGCAGUUUUGAACCGCAGCAAACGGCCAGGCCCUCUCGAACUCGACCCCGUCCCCCGCGCCCCAGCAUCCUUCAUCCAACUCGAUCCGUCCUCUCAGUUGCCCUCGAACGCGAAUACACCCGCCGCCAACCCAGCAUCCUUCAUUCAACUCGAUCCGUCCUCUCAGUUGCCCUCGAACGCGAAUACACCCGCCGCCAACCCUGCUGCCUACAUCCAGCCGCCUCCUCUCCCCCGCCGACAGAGCCUUGUCUCCCAUCGCCAUAUUGGCAUCGCCAAGGCCCUCCUCCACGGGCCCUCGACGCAUGAUACUGAGGACGCGCACCUCGAUCUGGACGCCGUGAUGGUGAGCGCCACGCGGAAAAUCUGGGUCAAGCGACCGCAUGCAUCGCCCACCCUCGUGACCAUCAACGAGGACGAUCUGGUCGACGAUGUGCGCGACAUGAUCCUGCGGAAAUACGCAAACUCAUUAGGCCGCUCCUUUGACUCGCCCGACAUCGCCCUCCGAAUCGCCCCCCGAGACCAGUCACAGAAUGAGCGGUUCCUCGGUCCCGAUGAGCACAUGGCUCGCAUCGUCGACGCCUAUUUCCCCGGCGGCCAGACCGUGGACGAGGCCCUGGUGAUUGACAUACCUCGGAGAACGCCCAAGCCGUCGCCGCGGCCGGCAGGCUUGUAUCCUAGCGAGGAUGGGCGUCCGUCGGAAGGAGGUGAAGGCUACUUCCCCCCCGUCAACGGCAGUGCACACUCACCGAAUCAUCAGUUCGCCGUCCCCGUCCCGGCACCUAGCGGCAUACCGCACUCGAUAUCCGUUCUCGGCACGGGCCACAUCCCGGCUAUCCCGUCACCAGGUAGCUCCCGUACGGCCCGACAGUAUCGCGAACGCGCAGAUCGACCUCGUCUCGGCCGCACACACACAUCCUCACCCAACGUCCUCUCCGAACCCAACACUGGGGCGCCCCCAGCACCAGCGGAUUCCUCGACGCACGCGUCACAACAGCUCGGCCACCGGCCGUCACACUCGCGGGCACACUCCAACUCCUCGGAGCAGAAACCAUCGGUGCCUGCGGGGGCAGCACCAACGUCACCCGCAGCCUCGACGGGACACGCUCGGGUGGCCACUCCCCCGCCACGCGUCUCCUCCCCUCGCCCAUCUGCGAACCGGGUGAAGAAGGUGAAAAAGCCGGCGGAGUUUCCGUCGAACAUGCCCGGUAUCCUAGGAGGCAGCGUCCCUCCCAUCAGCGUCCUCAUCGUCGAAGAUAACCCUAUCAAUCUAAAGCUACUCGAGGCUUUCGUCAAGAAACUCAAGGUGCGAUGGCAGACAGCCAUGAAUGGGAAAGAUGCCGUGGAUCAGUGGAGGACAGGCGGCUUUCACUUGGUAUUGAUGGACAUUCAGCUACCGGUCAUGAGCGGUCUGGAGGCGACGCGGGAGAUUCGGCGGCUGGAGCGUCUCAACUCCAUUGGUGUCUUCUCAUCAACGUCUUCCUCCUCCGGCAGCCAGCCCGAGGAAGACAAGGAGGAGGUGGCCGAUGCAGAUCGACUCGAGAACAUUGGUCUCUUCAAGAGCCCCGUCAUCAUCGUGGCCCUGACGGCUAGUUCGUUGCAAAGCGACAGGCAUGAUGCGCUGGCAGCUGGUUGCAACGAUUUCUUGACCAAGCCCGUCAACUUUGUUUGGCUAGAACGCAAGGUUAUGGAAUGGGGCUGUAUGCAAGCACUCAUCGACUUUGAUGGCUGGCGCCAAUGGAAAGACUUUUCGCAACCUGUCGAGGAGAAGGGAAAACCCACCACGACCAAGGCAAAGACUAGGAAGAAGUCGUCUCUGGCCGUGGAAGCGUGA